ACAUCAUCCCCCAAACCUGUAUACAAAAUGAUACUUUGUUUCACCGUGAAAGAGAUACACAAAGUAAAUCGGUAUAUCUUGAAAAUGUACGUGUUUCACCGCGAAGAAUACACCGAGAAAGCCUCGUAUGUGUCGAGUCAAUGCGAUCAUGUACUAGACACGCCACACCCGCAGCACAACGUCCCGCGGCCGAGCCCUGGGCGCCGGCCUUCACGCCCCGGCACACAAAGGCCUAGCCAGGCAGGGCGCAUGAGCUUCACACCAUAUCUGUUUCAUGCCGUCCCGCACACUCGCGUCCAUGGGCGGCCGCGGCGGUGGUCCGGUGCGGCAGGGGCGCCGCGGGGCCGGGGAGCGGCAGGUGCCCGAGGUGCAGGCGAGGCGGGGGGCGGGCGGCGCGCGUCCCCCUCAUGAGGUUUGGGGUGAGCGAGGGCGGGGCGGCUCUGGGGCAGCGCGGGGCGGCAGUCGGCGCAGGACCCUCAACAAGUGUGUGUCGCCCGUUCAUCACCACCGGCGCCGCCGCUGCCACCACUUCCCCGACAGGGACAGAGGCGCGAGCACCGCCACCGCCAAGCACGCCGCCGCCUGGCCACACUCGCGCCCCUACUGCCCCAGCGAGCGGCGAUAAAAGGGAAGCGACGCGACGCGAGGGCGGAGUGAUUGAGCGAACUAGCGAGUUACUGAGCGAGUGAGUGGGUGAGUGCGGGACGCGACGAGGCAGGUGGGCCGACACACAGGUGCGGGGAUGUGAUACGUGGAGCACAAAGAGAGAGUCGAGGGGAGGACAUCAAAGCCUCAUUAUACAGUCCGCGGAAAACAACAGCCGUUGAAGCCUCGCGCCCCUCAGACAUUAAAGAAAGUGAGACACCGAGACAGAGACAAAGAGGGUGAGAAUAUCAGAGAAAGAGAAAGGCAGACAGCGAGAGGGAGAGAAACAAACAGCAAAAGGGUUCCUCUUAACCUUCCAUCGCAGGCCACGCUUCCUCGCUCCCCUCCCGCCCCCGCCUCGCCCCCUCCCUUCCCUACCACCGAAGAAGAUUCACUCACCUGUUGACUUACCUGCUCCCUCAGCGCUUCCCCCCCCCCCCGCCCCGUGAUGGACUCCUUCCGCCCCCGCCUUCCAUCUUGCUGACAACUAACAUUAUUCACAGCUUAACCUCUCUCCCUCCCCUCACUCUUCCUCUCCCUCCUCUCUUUUUCUUUCCUCCCACCUCGUACUUUUCCCUCACCCUCACCUCACCCACACAUCCACCUUGACGCCUCACCUCCUCUCAGCCCUUCCUCGCAGCACCUCGAAGCACCGUCCCCCUUACACUCCAUCCCCUUUACCGUCACCCUUUUGACUCGCCCAACAAUCCCUGAGACUCUCUUAGCCAUAACACAGGCGAGCGACACCAAGCUACAGCCCGAGCCAUAUCCCGAGCCACAUCCCAGCCACAGAACCUUACCCGGGGGGAGGAUGUCCGCGGCUCAGCGUGGAUAGUUCGGGGGGAGCUAAGCCGCCCCGGGGGGAGGCGGCGAACAAAACCAUGUGCUCCAGCGCGGCUCCUGGGGGCGGGGGUGACAGCGGCCCCCUGCCCCCGCUCCCCCGGCCCACCAGCACCACCACGGGGGGUACGGAGGUGAAGAUGCGUCGCUUUACCCUGCCUAACCUCUUCCUGACGGUGGAGGGACAGGACCGACAACUGGAGGAGAUCUGCCCGGGUAUCUACGAGUACACGGGUCACGCGAGGUCACCGAGAUCCCCGCGGUCCCCCAAGUCCCCCAGGUCACCCCGUAGCACCAAGAGCACGUCCCCCAACAGCCCACGCGCUCCACACUGCCACUGCCAAUGCCCCCGCCUCGCAAGACAGGAUGAAACCGUGUCCUCGUCGGCCUCCCCCAGCCCCCGGAGGAAGCGCCCCCCGUACAGCCACAUCCUGCUGGGGGAGCGGAAGCCUUCAGCGGGGAACCUGUUGGCGGCGACCUUCGGGAUAGCGGACCGGGACGCGCCCACCCAGUCCCUGCCGCUGAUACACGAGAAGGAGAAGGAGCACGCCCGGCUGGUGGUGGAGCGGCCGGAGAUUAAGGACACGCAGGCGGGCUUCGAGGCGCUGGGCGGGCGGUGCGAGUCUUGUGGGACGUGCACGGAGAGCUGCCUCAAGAAGCUGGGCCUGGAGCACGAGGACGGCUCCCGCUCGCCCUCCAGCAUCUCCCCGAAGGCCGAGAAAAUGUACACCUUCUUCGAAAAGUCACUCUCACUGGUCAGCUCCUCCCCCACCAGGUUUGGAGACCACCUCGUCGUGAGAGAGAAAAGAAGCCACUCGCUGGCCACGCCGGCGGCCAUGGCCAACGUGGUGCACUUCCAGGAGCUGCACAGCCGCCACGCCGAGGGCCACCUGCUGCGGACGGUCAACAUGGCCGCCUCCAACGCCGUCCUGUCCCGCAUAUCGGCGCGCCUCAAGGCCGUCACCACCGCCACGCAGCAGGAGUCCGUCGAGGAGGUGGACGAGGAGGUGGAAGCCGCUGCUGCCGUCGCCACAGCGCACCAGCAGCACCACCAUGGGCACAACCACCACCAUGGGCACAACCACCACCAUCACCACCAUGGGCACAACCACCACCAUCACCACCACCACGCCCAUCACUCCGGUGCCACCACGCCCUUGGAACCCAGCACGCCACAAAAGACUCCAGGAAACGCCGCGCCCACCCAGGACGCCGCACUACCCGGCGACGACAACCUCCCACAGGACGACACCAACGCCAGUUCCCACGGCCAUGGCCCACGCCGCGCCACCACUGAGGGCCCGCACACUCCGGACGGCGCGCCGCCCCCUGACGACGCCCCGUCCCCAGGCAGCCCCGGGAAGGAGGGAGGUGAAGGGGACGCGAAGGACCACGAAUCAAAACAAGAGGACGAGAAGAAUAAUGAUGAUGAGGAGGAGGAGACGAAGGACGACAAAGACCUGACACGAGGGGUGGAGGACCUGACGCUGGGCCGUCCCGAGGAGGCGACGCCCGCGGCCCAGGCCACCGACGCGGACAAGGCAGGAACGUGAGCCCAAGGACCGCCGAAAAAAGCCCUAUGUCCUUGUCUGGGGCAUUCUCUGGGUAUGCGGGGAAGACCAAAUAGGACUGGGGUGUUUCCGGGGGCCCUGGGGAGGAUUACGUCACUGAGGGCGAGGGGUGAAAUUGCGGGGGGAUGGGGUGCUGGCAGGGCCCUCGUCAUCGUGCUGGCUUCCUGAUCCUUCACGCGUGUCGGUGAACUGGUACAUUUACCUCCUGUGAUACAACUGUUGCUUCGCUCCUCUCCGCCUUCUCCCUUCCUGUGUUUGUUGACCCACACGACAGCGCCGCGCCGCCACCGCCACACACACAGACAGAACACACCUGCAAUAUCACUACUACUACUGCUACAACUAUUAACAUAACUACUACCAGUACUCCUAUCAGUUACUACUACACCAACACUACUGACGCCACAUACAACUACAACAUCACUACUGCUAAUCCUGAUGACACAACUACUAACAUCACAACUGCUAUUACUCCAAUUAUCACUCCUAUUACUGUUACUACAACUACUUCUACACAAACACUACUGACGCCACAUACAACUACAACAUCACUACUGCUAAACCUGAUGCCACAACUACUAACAUCACAACUAUUACUCCUAUCAUCACUACUUCUACUCCGAUACUACUAACGUCCCAUACAACUUCAACACUACACUACUCCAUCAUGACUACACUAACACGCCCACUACACAACCUAUAAAUAGUCACACAACACCCGACAAUGGCGUUAUGCACUCUCUGUAUCACGUGAGUCUCGUACCUGUCUGCUUGUUUACCUCUAUGUCUAUCACUCUGUCUCCGUCUGCCAAUAUGUAAGUCUUCUGUGCAAGGAUGUAUCAUAAUGGUUUAAGAAUGAGAAGGACGAACAUGUGUAUAUUUAUGUAUGUAUGUGUGUGCGUGUAUGUAUAGGGGAAUGAAUGUGUACACGUAUUAAAUAAACAGUAUACAUGCUAGGAAUUUGAAAGAUGCAAUGAUUAAUAUAAAUACCACGUUAUCAUACUUAUAGGUGUCGGUGUAGUGUGUAUACAGGUGUAGGUAUUAAUAAAGGUAGCGAGUAAGGUAACCAUCCUCCCCACUACCUUCCCUUCCCUUCCCUUCCCUUUCUUUCCCUUCCCUUUCCUUUCUUUCCCUUCCCUUGCCUUCCCUUCCCUUCCCUUUCCUUUCCUUUAUUUCCUUUUCCUUUCCUUUCGUUCCCUUCCCUUCCCUUCCCUUCCUUUCCACCACUUCCUUAUCCCUUCCUGCACCUCCUUCCCGUUUUUUUUUCAUCUUAUUCUUCCCUUCGUUUUUCUUUUUUUUCUGAUUAUAUUUCUGACGAUAUUUUCAUUACUACUACAACUACUAUUACUACUUCUACUACUACUACUACUACUACUACUACUACUACUACUACUACUACUACUACUGUUACUACCACCUACUUUCUCCUCCUCCUCCUCCUCCUCCUCCUCCUCCUCCUCCUCCUCUUCCCCUCCCUGUUCCUCCUCCCUAACCAUUCUUCCCUUCUCAAACUUUUGCCGCAGAGAAAAGAAGAGGGGCUGACGCUCCCCCUGUGGCAUACCCCGAACUCCCCCACCUCCCCACUCCCCUUCCUCCCCACUCCCCCUUCGAGGCUGUGGAGUAAUUAAUUAGUAAGAGAGAGAGAGAGAGAGAGAGAGAGAGAGAGAGAGAGAGAGAGAGAGAGAGAGAGAGAGAGAGAGAGAGAGAGAGAGAGAGAGAGAGAGAGAGAGAGAGAGAGAGAGAGAGAGAGAGAGAAAACCUUUAAUGUAUAAACAGACUCAUAUGCCUAGUCUUAUUCCAAUAUACAUGUGCAUUAAUAUAUCCAUACAUACAUACAUACAUACAUACACACAUACAGACAUACAAACGUAGACACAUACGCACACAAACAAACAUACACACAUAAAGAUCGGCUCAUACAUACAUACAUACAUACAAAAAUACACACUCGAAACAAAUUUACAAGAACAUAAAUUAAAAAACACCUGUAAAUAGACACACACACACACACACACACACACACACACACACACACACACACACACACACACACACACACACCUUACGGAAUCAAACAAGUUUACUAAUCCGUGUGUACUUUUAGAGAGAAGUGUUUCAAUAAAGGUUGAUAUCCGGUGA